AUGAAAGUGAAUGGCGGAAAUACCAGUGUGAGCAGUUGCGACAACAAUCGUAAUGGUAUAGACAGUCAACAACGCCAGAACGAUGGAAAUGGUAGCAGUACGAGAGAACAUUCCAGCAUUCAAGGAGUCUCUGAAGGACCUUCUACGUCACAGGACUUCAAGAAGCGAAAAGAAGUUACAGACCAUUACGACAGUGCUCAUGCAACCCCUUGCUGCAGUAUUUCUGAAGUAACAAAGACGAAACAAGGGAAGAAAGUGAAGAAGAAUAACACGCAUUGCACGAAUAAAGCGGAAGAAAAGCCCGUUGCAAAACGAGAUCGGAACCGAAAAAAGAAUGCUGUGUGCUCGUACAGUCAGAAUAUCAAAAGUUCGAGAAGAAAAUAGAG